UGAUCUGCAAUGAUGUAGUUGGAUAUGCCAUCCUAAACUCUACCUGUAUCUAGUCUUGGCUUUAGUGGUCGACUAGAAUAUAAGUCUCUUUAGAUUUUCUAGAUCAUCGAUCUACUGAGAUAAUCUACAUCUGGUAAUGUGUCUUUUUUUUUUCAACCUCUGGAGAGAAAUCCUGCUUUGAUUUAUGAGUAUUUCGUCAUCCUUUUGUGUCUGCAGACAAACACUCUCCAUUUUACACACUUGUAUGUACUCUCAAUUGCAAGCAAGAAUCUCUACAUCACAUUUCGGAACUCUUCACUCUUCAAUUCAUAGUCUUGCAUUCUCUUGAGUAGCUACUUGAAUCAAAAGAAAGACUUAGGUACGUCUUUUUUAUUCGUGUGAAAUAGCUGCAAAGGAAUUAAUCAUAUUCUCUAUAGACCACCUUAUCAUCAUGGACUCGAUCAAAACCAAGAUCAAAACAAUAGCAAGAAAAAGAAGGAUCCCCUCAGCGGAACUUCUAGUAGGACUUGAUUAUUAUGCAUACGAGCGAAUCCCCAAACCCAAGACAUUCCUUUUCGCCAAAUCCCACCCGAAAAAACGACCCGAUGCCCUCGCCUCAUCAUUACUCCCCCGUCUACCCACAGAAAUCAUCCACACCAUCUUAUCAUUCCUCCCCGCCGCCGCCGCAGCAUGUUUCUCAAUCUCCUGCUUGCAAAUCCUAGAACUAGUGGGAAAAGGAUACAUGGACAACGUCCUCCGCGAAAAGGCAAAUAUCCUCUCCUUCGUCUUCCUCUGGGCAAAAGAUCUCCCCUCCCAAAUCUUCUGUACAGAUUGCAAAUGUCUCUACAAAAAAUGGACCCUGAGAUACUACCUACAUCGACGCUCAUUGAUAAGCUGCUGCGAACUCGAACGCCAGAUAUCGGAUUACAGAAUGAUGGCAAGGGGAGUCAUCGAUUGCGACCGUAUAUCUCCCAUGUGUCCCACCAUGAUGGAUCAGUUUAUGCUUGAAAUCGAAUCUCCGGAGCCUUCAAUCAAUAUGGAUAAAUCACGAUACCCUAUCCCAAUGGGCGAUCUAAGACAAUCCCGUACCGGAAAUUACGUCAAUCAUGUACGAGCAGAUGUCGCCCUUGUGGAUGGUUCUGUGAUUUUUCGUCUGCAGGAUACUUAUCUCAAUAUUAACCCGGAGAAACCAUAUGAAACCAUGUUUCAAACCUGUCGCCAUAUCCAAAUUCAAAUAAAUACAGAUAAAGAUUCCAUCCAUGCAUUUAAGCUCGGUAGCGCCACUGGAAAUUACUGGAGAACGAACGAUUUCCAAAUAGCAGACAAUGAUGCCCCGAAAAGCUCAGCAUCCUUUGACUGUCCGGCUGCGAAUUGCGAUGAUAAAUAUCAUAUUCAAUUUGAGCGUCAUGCUGGACAGGGCAUCUUAGUGUCCCUCACAAGAAGAGUAAAUCUUGGAACCUCAACAACUGGCGAGAGGUGGAAAGAAUUCUGCCACGUGAGAAAGCCAAUCAAAGAACCGGAUCAUACAGGUCGUCUUGUGUUGACUGUGGGGAACGAAAGUAAAAGACAACAUAAAUUAGCUGAUGCAGCUUAUUAUAUUGAGAGGUACUCGCUUUCGCCAUCGGCAAUUAGAGAUGUUGUGUUGGAAGCUCAGAGAGAUUUGGUAAAGACAGGGUGGUCUAACCUUAUGGGGCCGAGGCAAAUCGUACCGAAUUUCAAAUCAGAGAAUAGCUAGAGAUAUGCCUAGAAGUUGUCACUCGGAAGGAAAAUCAGAAGUAUACAAAGGUAACUACAGUCGUAACCAGAGUUCGAAUAUAUUAAUGAGAUUGUUGAGAAGUACAAGUAACAGGAACGGAUGGCAAGAC